AUGGUAAGCCGCUAUAUAGUCUCUAAAUAGCAGACAACGUGAAAAACUAGCUCAAUUUAUGUCGAUUACUGGAAUGCAGGAUGUCCCUGCUAAAAAGUUCCUUACGUCUAAAAACUGGGAUCUUGAGCUAGCGGUAGAUGAAUUUUAUAAUUCCGGAGCUCAAGUAUCCAGAGAUCAACCUGCGCCCACAAAUCAGAAAAAAAUUGAUAGCCUGUUUACAAGAUACAAAAGUUCUACAUCAGCCCAAAUAGAAGGGGAAGGAAUUGAGAAUUUUUGCAGAGACAUAGGGAUUGAGCCGAUGGAUGUCGUAAUUUUAGGUUUCGAAUAAAUUUCCUUAUUUUUUUUUUAAAAAUAACUAUUUUUUUAAAAAAAAUGAUAUACAAAUUUUAGUGAUUUCUAAAUAUUUUAAUGCAGCGACCAUGGGAAUUUACACGAAAGACGAAUUUUGCAAUGGCAUGAAAGCCCUUGGAUGUGAUGAAAUUUCUAAACUAAGACAAAAGAUUCCUGAUUUAAGACGGGAGUUGAAUAACCCUCAAAGUUUUAAAGAAAUCUAUAAUUAUGUAUUUGCUUUUAGCAGAGAUCAAGGGGUGAGGAAUUUAGGGUUUGAGACUGCUAUAGCGUUAUGAAGAUUAUUGCUUGGGGAAAAAUAUCCUCUUGUUAAUCGAUGGAUUGGAUUUUUAGAAAGCAGGGAUAAGAAGCAUGAUAUUUCUAAGGACACUUGGGAAAUGUUUUUGGAUUUUGCAAUAAUUGUAGAAAGAGAAGGACUGCAAGGGUACGAUCCAAGUGGAGCUUGGCCUGUGCUGAUCGAUGAUUUUGUUGAAUACUUAAACAGCUAG